AAGUUACGUGGAACCAUAAAUAACGCGUCGCGCCUGUGGUACGUCAUCACCAGGCGCCCGAACAGCGCAGCAUCGGCGGCGGGAGAUUGACCGUUUCUAAAUUGCGGAGGAUUUAUCAAAGCAGAAAUGACUCAGAGAAAGAGGCUGGCCAACACCCAGAGCUCCUCCCAGAACAAGAGACAGUCGGUGCCGUUGGCGUCUCAGGAAGAAGACGAUGACUCGACGUUCCCUCAGCCGAGUUCUUCUCAGGUUCAGAGAGGGCUGGAGAGGUUCACACCUGCACAGGUAGAUCAGAAGACGGCGGAGGUGGUGCAGUUCUUCCUGGUUCGGGACCAGAAGAAGAUUCCUGUUCGCAGAGCAGACCUGGUGAAACACGUGUUGAAGGAUUACAGAAACAUUUACCCAGAAAUCAUGAAGAGAGCAGCACGCACCUUCGACCAGGUGUUUGGUCUUAAAAUCGUUGAAAUUGACUCUAAGAACCACAUGUACAUCCUGGUUAAUAAGCUGGAGACGGCCGAGGCCCCGCCCAUCACGAGUCCCACCAAUCCAAAGACAGGUCUGCUGUUUGUGGUGCUGAGUCUUAUUUUCAUGAAAGGAGGAGCUGUCAGAGAGAACCUGAUCUGGAACACUCUGAAGAAACUUCGAGUUGACGCCGGAGAGAAACAUGAAGAGUUUGGAGAUGUAAAGAAGGCGAUCACAGACGAGUUUGUGCGUCAGAGGUAUCUGGAGUACGUGAGGAUCCCUCACACGGAGCCGGUGGAGUUUGAGUUUCGUUGGGGUCAACGAGCCGAAGUGGAAGUUUCCAAAGUGAAAAUCCUUGAGUUCAUGGGAGAACUCCAUGAUCAGGACCCUCAGAGUUGGACUCAGCAGUUCAGAGAAGCUCACUCCGUCUCCGGCUCCUCACAGACCGCCCCCAGCAGCAGAUAACUCCUGAUGUUAUUAACAGAUAACUCCUGAUGUUAUUAACAGAUAACUCCUGAUGUUAUUAACAGAUAACUCCUGAUGUUAUUAACAGGGAGAAGUCUUGAUGUUAUUAACAGGGAGAAGUCUUUAUGACGCUGUAUCUUGUUUUCUUCCUGAAUGUAUUCUAUGUAGACAGACUCCAUCUGAUCCAUUGAUAUAUUUCACACAUUAACCAUAUCUGUAUGUUCAUACUAAGCCUGUUUUCUAACUCUUGGUGUCUUUUUUUUAAAUCAGUUAAACCCAUUUAACAUCAGACAGUCAGGCUUCAUGUUUAUUGUAUUGGUUGUACUGUACGGUUACAGUUAUUGUUUGAUUCAGAAAAUAAAGUUUUAUACAGAUUCUACAUCAA